AUUUAAGUAUGUGGUUUGUGAUAGUUAAGAAAUGAGGUUAUAUCGUUAUCGUAAAUUAAUUAUUAUGAAAAGAAAUUUAAAAAUAAUUUCAAUUUGAUUAUUAGAAAUUAUCUUCAUUCCUUCGUUUUAAGUAGUACUGAUAUUGAAAGUAUGUCUUCAAAGUCUGCAGAAUUGCAUAAAGUAUUUGUAUAUGGUACUUUAAAAAAAGAGGAACCUAAUCAUUCUUGGUUUUCAAAAAGUGCUGAUGGAUAUUUUAAGUUUAUUGGGAAUGGCAAAACAACAGAAGCAUUUCCAUUAAUCAUCUCUACCAAAUAUAAUAUACCAUUUAUUUUGGAAAGCCCAGGCAAUGGGACUCGCAUAACGGGCGAAGUUUAUGAAGUAGACGAUAAAAUUUUAGCAGAUUUGGAUAUUUUAGAGGAUCACCCGAAUUUUUAUGUGCGGGAAAAGUUUGAUGUUUGCUUGUUAAAUAAAGACAAUUCUACUGCCCAAGUAUGGAUUUACGUAAUAAAAAAUUUCAACCCAAAAUUAUUGAAUGAACCUUUUUACAAAAGUUACAGUAGUAAUGGUCCCCAUGGCAAGAAAUACGUAGAGAGGUACCUAAGAGAUGGUAGUUUAAAUUACAGAGAAACAUUAUUUUAAAUAAUUUUAUUUUAGUGAUGAAUCCACUUUGGAGGAAUUAAAUGCAGACUAGUGCUAUAUUGGUUAGAAAAUUGUAUUAUCGAUUUUUUUCAUUCGAAGUAAUACAAGACGUCACUUUAAAUUUCUAUCUCUUUAUGUCACCAAAUAUGUAACACGAUGAAUUUAUAAAACGUAUGUCACUAAUGAAUAUGUGGCGAAAACUGACGGCAACACUGUCAGCUACUCCAUGGCUACUAG